AUGAUCUGGAAAGACGAACCAGGUGUCGACUUUUUUUAUGUAAGAAUUGAGAAACAAGCCGAAAAAUUCAUACAAGAAACCGUAGAUGAACUCGAAACUUUUCCUCUACCCUUAGAAACAAACCUUCAAUCUGAGUUAGAACAAAUUCCUUGUGAAAAAGAAACUCCUGCUCAAAAUUUGAUGAGACCCCCACCCACAAUUCCUCCUACUCCAAAUUUAAUGAUAAGUUCACCAACAAUUUCCUUACCUUCCAAACCGAUUCCAGAGACGUCAACCUUACCCAUACAACCAGAGCGUCGCCUCGGGUUACGUCCUCGGAAUCUUUUAAAACCACCAAAAGGGUUCCUAAAAUUCACUAGCGAUGACUGUGAUUAUCAAAUAAGCCCCCUUCCCGCUAUUCCAGUAUAUUAUGAUGUCUAUUCUACUCUUCCCCAAAUCACCCGUUUUGUUGGCCAUUCGUGUACCAUAUGGCUGGAAAAGAAACACAUCUAUACUGACUUCUGGGGUUGGCCAACUCCAAGUCAAUCAAGAGUGCCAAUAGAAGUCAAUGCACAUGAAUGUGAAAAAAUGCGUGAUUCCCGAAUGUGCCAUGGCAAAAGCAUGGACUACUUAGGAAACAAUAAGUGGUCGUUCGAACGUAUUCCAAAUGUGCAGGGUAGCAGGCUUCAAGUCACAGGUGAUCAGCUGAUCAACUGUCGAUUAGAAGAAGUUACUUUAGAAACUGAGUGCGCUAACUGUACGAUAAGUUCACCCAUUGGCGAUAUACCGGGAGGGAUCAACGGAUCCGUUUCUCACAACCUAGUGACCAUUGUCUGGAAAGAAUCGUUAAGAGAAGUUCAACAGUGCAAACUACGGCUUGUGGAAACAGGUAUCGCUCAACGUUACCUGACUAACAACAGUGAAAUAGAAAGAAUUCGUGACGUCGAACAACAACUUGACUUUGUUUACAAUACAACUAACAAGGAAUAUUGUAAUUCAUCCGAAAAAAAUUACAAACAAGUAAUCGGAAUGGACAAAGUUAUUUUACGUUUACAUUCUUUAACUGAUACCAACGCUCAUCCGAGUAAACCACUGGAAGAAGACAUCGAAAAAAUUGCUGACAUUAUCCGGGCUGAAAUCAGCGGAGCAGCACAUUCUCAAUACGCACGAGACCGAACUACCGAUGGAAUAAAUGGAGUGGCUCGAGAAAUUCGAGCUCUGCAAUGUGAAAAUCGAGUGCUGGCACACAAAACUGCUAUCGCCACCGCACAACACAGUGGAUGGCUUGCUGCCAGUUACCUUAAUUUACCCACAUGUAGCAAAUUGAUAGCCACUGGUGAAUCGAUCAGCGUCUAUCAAUGCUCCCCGAAAAAUUCAACGAUCACCACUGAAAUCACAAGCUGUGGUCCUCAACCCAAACUCGGCGACUACACUUUAGACACUGAAGGAUGGGAACUGUCGCCUUACACCCCCUGUUACUGGCACAAAAAUUUCGUCAACAUCAACGGCCGAGCACAUUUCUACAAAAACAGUUCUUGGCAUCCAAUCGUCCCCGGUGUAAUAAUCCAAGGACAUAGUUUGAUCAACACUUUGCCGUAUGAAAUUGAUAAGCUACUCGCACUAAGUUUACACCCCGCGCUAACCCCCCACCCGAUGAGCACCGCAGCUGCAAUCGACGAGAUAAUAGCUGCUGCUAAAGAAGAACAUAGCAUCGACCUUGGAAAUCCUUUU